AUGAUAAGAGUCGGAGACUAUAUAGACGGAAAGUUCAGUAUUAAAAAAAAGAUAGGGAGUGGAGCUUGUGGUAGCGUAUGGCAAGCAUAAGAUAAAUAAAACAUGACUAAUGUGGCAAUAAAAUUUAUUAACAAUAUAAAAGGACUACAUGACACUGGAUUUUGCCACAAUGAUAUUAAGCCUGACAAUAUCUUACUACUAUCAUCUAACUUUGAAAAAGCAGAUUCAUCGUUUGUUACUCUUUGCGAUUUUAGUGCAUCCUAAUAAUUCGAAGAUAACAAUCAUAAACAUUUUGAGCUUAAUAUUUCAAGUGAAUUUAAUGGAAACUUUGCAUAUAGUUAAUCCACUAAAGAAGACAUGAUUUCAAUUUUUUAUUUGGCAAUAUUUCUGACCGAGGGGAAUUUGCCUUGGUUUGAGAAGAUUAAUUUUUCCAGUCAUCAUGAUGCCUUCAAAAAGAUCAGAGAUCUAAAAAAAACUUUUCAUAUGCAAAUCAAUAGAUCAGUAGAGAAUUGUAAUAUUCUUUCUUACUCAUUCAAUUUAGGUGUUUAUCGAAAACUCAUAAAGUAUUUAGACAGCGUAGAGUAUGAUUUGCGUCCUGACUAUUCUUAUUUAGUUGAAGAAAUAGUCUAAAGUCUACCUAAUAAGAGCAAUGAUAUUGAUUAUAUAAUGGAUUGGUCGAAGACUUCAAGCAAAUGGUUUUACUCUCUAGUAUAACUACAGAAUAAACUAACAUAGAACUAAGUAACAAGCAAUUACCUGGACAAAAGUUAAACAAAACACUAAAAAUGGCUUUUAAAAUCUUCAAACUUAAAAGAUUAAUCAUUGACAACUCUAAAUACUAAUAAAAAAUCAUAAAUCUUCCUUGAAGAAAACUAGUAAAGAAAUAUACAAUCAUUUGCUGGCUCGGCCAUAUAAAUUUCAAGUGCGAAACUAAAUGCUUAAAAUCUAGGAGUAAUCUUAGUUGAUAAUGACAAAGAUUUUGGUAGUUUAGUCGUGAAAAAAUAGAAUUGUUUAAAAAAGGACUUUGCUUUGGAACUAAUAAAAAAAGCAUAAUUGACAGAGGACGAUAAACCCAUAUUUAAUCACUAAAAUGAAAAAGACAAAUAAUUGAUUAAAUUGCGAUUUUAAAGUUGUCUUGAUAGGGAUUAAGAAUCCGGUGAGUUUUCACAUGAAAAUUUUUAAAAUCAAUUCUCAAAAAUGCUUAUAAUUCAAGAUAGGAACUAAUUCUAUCAUAGUGAUGAGUUAAUUGUGGAAGAAGACGAUUCUUCCGAAGAUGAAGAGAAUGAUAUAUCUCCAUAUAUAAGAAAAGAUUCUAAUAUUAGACGGUUCAGUAAACUUCAAAACAUGGUAAUUGAAAUCGAUGAGUCAGAAUUUUAUCUAGACGACAUCGAUGAAGAAAUGCUAACAUUCCAGUAGAAAAUUUCAACUUUCGAAAGUUUUAAUGAAAAAUUCGAGCCUCAUACAAAUGAGCUAUCUUGUCUAAGCAAAGCAAUAUGA